UUUCAGGUGCCAUUUUGGGGGGAUAGUCUUGCAGACAAUCAAUAAAACAUCUGCAAUGACCAAAUUCUCUAGCUGUCACUUUGCGGACACUACAUCGAAAAUAGUAUUCAUCUUAAGUGCUGGAAUGAAAUGAUAUAGAACUUAGAGUAGAUUUAUUGUUAUAUUUUUAACAACUUAAGUGUGUGUGAGUCUUAAAACUUGUCAUGUAUUUACUGAAUUUGAAUAAUUACUUGAGAUUGCGAGGGCAACGAGGUCAUUUUGACGGAUAUAGCACCAGCCGGUUUUGCCCGGUGGAACCCACAGGCAUGCCUCAGUACCGGCGGGAUAUCCGGUGCCGCACGUUCGCUCCAAAACCUCGGAAUCUCUCGGAAUCUACCUCAUCCAAUGGGCAAGGACCCCCCCGGCAGCAGGAUGCGUACAUUUCUCCUCCUGGUGGUGCUGAACGUUGCCGACUCCCACAUCUUCGCCCAGCCGACCACCCAGCAGCUGGGCUGCCCGGGGUGCUGCGGGAUGACCGACAACAGAUACGCCCCCAACGGGUACGUCCAAACCAACCCCAUCCUCCGCUCAGCCUUCUCCGUCGCACGACAGACCUCCCUCAUGGGCGCCAUAGAAACCAGUCCGGUCCAGUUCGACAAAGUCUUUGUGAACGACGGUGGCGACUUCGAUGGGAGUUCGGGGAAAUUCCGCUGCCAGAUUCCCGGGAUCUACUACUUCUCCUUCAACAUACAGACGUACGACCACAAGUACGUGGAGAUUUCGCUGAUGAAGAGCGGACAGAAGCAGAUCACGUUGUACGCGGAGAGCGACGAGAGGAACAUCAUGCAGAGCCAGAGCGUGAUGCUCACGCUGAUUCGCGGGGACGAGGUGUGGCUCCAGCUGAAGGAAGGUACGCACCACGCCGCACGCAGUUUCCACGACAACAGGAUUACGUUUAGCGGCUACAUGGUGUAUGCCAACGUAUGAUAAACAUGGGACUACUGCACUGCAGAAGGAGUGGAUAGAGAAAAGACUGAAGGAAAAAUACUGUACCUAUCCAGAGAGAGAAACUGUAAGACACAGCAGGUUUGUGUAAAAAGGUGAUAAGAAAAGACAAGAAAACAUUAACCUGGUGCUUUACAAGGGUUAUUAUAAUCUAACCUACAUGUACAUUUCUUCACAAUAUUAUUAUAUACAGUCAAUCUGACUAUCAUAUUAAACCAUG